UAGAUAGGGAGUCCUUUCAGCUGGAUGCCUCAAUGGGUCUGAAGACAUGAACAGAGCAAGAGCACCGCUCAUAUGGACAUACUGUCACUUUGUAAUGGACUAACACUGUUUGUGAAGGCUCCUGCUGCAGUCCCUGUGGAAUAAAAGCAGCCUGGUGAAUAUUUGGUGCCGACUCGUCCUGCGCUACCAAGAUGGGGAACGGAUUAUCAGAUCAUCACUCCCUCUUCCCCUGCCUGCCGUCCUUCCAGGCUCUCCACAUUGUCAUUCUGGGACUGGACUGUGCCGGCAAGACCACUGUACUGUACCGCCUGCGUUUCAAUGAGUUUGUGAACACUGUCCCGACUAAGGGCUUCAACACAGAGAAGAUCAAAGUGUCACUUGGAGGUAGCCGACGGACAGCGUCCUUCCACUUCUGGGAUGUAGGUGGUCAGGAGAAGCUGCGGCCUCUUUGGCGCUCUUACACACGUUGCGCUGACGGCAUCGUGUUCGUGGUGGACUCGGUGGAUGCCGAACGCAUCGAGGAGGCCAAGACAGAGUUGCACAAGAUCACGCGGCUGGCGGAGAACCAGGGCGUGCCAGUUCUGGUGGUGGCUAACAAACAGGACCUGAGGAACUCACUCAGCCUGGCUGAGAUGGAGAGCAUGUUGGCUCUGGGCGAGCUCAGCACCGCCACACCCUGGCACCUUCAGCCCGCUUGUGCUAUCAUCGGGGAAGGACUGCAGGAGGGUCUCGAGAAGCUGCACGCCAUGAUCAUGAAGAGGAGAAAGAUGCUGCGGCAGCAGAAGAAGAAGAGAUGAUGCAGCAACAGUGGGAACUAUAAGAUGUGAGCCGGAUCUAAAGCUUCGUAAGAACUACUGUGAGCUGCGUACAAUCUGCUGGUCCACCAUGAAAAGUCAUUCGGCUGCCCUUUGAAGUCUCAUUGGCUGAGUUUGAUCUUUCCAGUGGAACUGUUUGUUCAGGUCAGCCGGCGUUUGGCUGCCACAGAGGACAGUGGGAUUGAUUUUCGCCCUGUGGACUUUGGAUGACAGCAACAAGUCAUUGUAAAGGAAGUGCAGUAUUAUGCUAUACAGCGGCAAGCUAUGAAGUUUACACUGAACUCUUUACAGCGGACAAUGAGCUCUGACUUGUCUAUUUUAUGUUAUUUGUUAACAUAUGUGCUGCUUAUCUGUUCAACAAUCAGUCUUUAUAUUUGUAUUCUACCAAAGCUCGUGUUGAGGUUGCAGACAGAGCCGUGAUAGAGCAAACUAAUCAAAGUUGCGUAUGUCCGUAAGUGUUUUCUAUCCAUGUUGCACAAUAGGAGUUUGGUCCAGAAGUUUACAUGAAGAGUAAUGAUUCACUAGGACGCACUAUGGUCCUAAAACAUGGUAACACUGUUCAAAAUGGCUGUUAAUGAUGGAAACAAUUAUUGAGCUGUUUGGUAGUGGACCUACCUUUCUGUGGCCAGAUGUUGAGCCACAAUAUUCUGAGCACAGCCACACUGAGAGCAGGAAAACUUUAUCUGUCUAAUCUAACAUUAAGAGUUGGUGUCAGUCUGUCUGAAUGAAAAAGGGCGAGGGCUUCUUUCUACAGCUAUCUCUUUAUACCAACAUAAAGAGCACAAUGACAACAUCCUGAAAAGACCUGAGUACAGUGCAGUCACACUGUGUUUGGAGCACAGGGAAUGCCAGACCAGGACCUCUGUUACAGUAAUUAAUGCAUUACCUUUACCACACGAGUACUGUCAUUUGAUAUACACAGCAUACAACAGUAAAUAAUUAGUAAAUUAACAGUAAAAUUAAAUAAAAUGUAAGAGUUUGAAUUAGAGCUAGGUCAAUAAAUCUGCAUGGCCCAUAUAAGCUAAUUACAGAAGAAUCAGUGUCGGUGUGUUUGUCGGCUGUGGAGUAACGACGAGUGUCGCUACAGAAAAGAUCCGAUCCGAAAGAAAACAUCAAAUGUUUACGUUAAAAAGUGACUAUCAUCUGAUAUGUUCUUGGAAUUUUUCAUUUCCAAAUAUCAAUAUUGUUAUUAGCUUCAAAAAUCCAAUAUCCUUUUUGCAGUAUUAUUUAUUGUAUUCUAGAAGUACACAUUGGAUUAAGUCAACCAAUCUGUUGCUUGUUACCUGGGGAGCUAACUAAUUAGCUAACAUUGGUUAAAGAAUGUUCACUUGCUAGUAGUUGAACAGAAGUAGCUACAAGGCCCAAAUAAAAUGUCUAAAAUGAACAAACGUAUUUAAAUGACAAACUAUGUGAUCAAAGAUUAGGUAAACAGGAUUAGAACAUUUGACCCGAGCUUCAUUAGUUGACAGCUGUAGACACUCUGUGCUACAGAACAUUGCCGUUCCUAAAUAGUAUAGCUCAGCCUUGCUAGCUACCAGCUGUUAGUGUUAACUGAGUUAUUUUAAAUGGCAUUCAGUUUCAGUGCUCAAGCCUGCUAGCUAACACAUUUUGUGUUGACUUUAAAACAUUACACUCUGUACUUGCUAUGCUAGCUUAGUUAGCUAACAUUAAUUUGCUGGCCCUACUAGCAAGCUAAAAUUCCUUAGCUAACAGUAGUUUGCUCACUAAUUAACAUUAGCAUAACAUGAUCAUGUUGUUGGUGGAUUAGUUAUUAUUGACACAUUUCUCUUCAGUUGUAGUCACAGGUUUAAUUGGAUUAAAAAAACUUACAAAGUCAUUUUGACUUGUGAACAUGCAGUGUCAUAUAUGUAAUGCGUUAUUAACUGGGAACUUCUCUGGUUGGAUACUUCACCAAAUUACAAAGGAGCAAAUGGAGUGGAAACAGUUUGGGACAAAACUGGUGACUGACCAGCCCACGAGCUAUCAGUUGUGUCCGUGUGGCUGUAAAAGGUGAUACCCUGUAGCUGGGGGAAUCGGCGCCCUGUAGAUGUGUCUUGUGUUGUUCUGUUGAUUGACAGGCCCAGUUGGCUCAGCAGGAAUAUUCCUCGGCUGCCUGUCGAGCCUCCGUCCACAGAGACAGGCCGAUGUCGGAGCCAGCCUCACCUAUAUCUGACCACACAUUCACAUGUUCAUCGGAGCUGGCGUCUGAAUGCACUUUAAUGGUCCUUUUUCUGACUUUUAUAAAGGACAUUAUUCUGUAUGCUUCAAAAGAAGCAUUUUACAUACAUAUAAUACUGUUGCCAGGUUUCACUCUUCCACUCUUGUUUGGCAAGGUGUUCAUAUUUAUGUGUUUGAUCCACUUUGUCUACUUGGAAUAAAGCAACAAAAGGACA